AGGGUGCUUUGCUGGGACUGUCUCUCCGAGGCUCCAGUGAAGCAGAGGGCUGUGGCCAUUUCGGGCUCAAGGGUGGGCGGCGCAGUGUCGCACGCCCAGCGCCACCUGCUGCCAGCGGGUUUGAUGGCCAGCGUUCGCGGAGGACCGUGCCCUGGCAGCAUUGCGGGCCGCGUGGGACCCUUCGCGGCGGGAUGACUCGUCGCUGCGGAGACGACGCACCAGCACUGAGCCUCGCGGAGAUCCAGCGGCUCGUCCGCGCCGCCUCCUCAGCGCUGCGCCUUGAGGUCGACGGCGACCCGGGCGGCAAGGGCCGGUACCUGGUGGCGUGCAGGCCCCUGCGAGCCGGAGAGGCCUUCCUGUCGGAGCGCCCCCUGUUCCGAGGCAGCACCGACGGGGCGCAGAGCCAGAAGGUGUACCUCGAGGACUUCGUGGCCCUCGCGGCUGGGCCCAAGGAUCAGGCGGGGGACAGCUCCGACGAGGAGGGGGACCCCGCAGAUGACCGCCUUCACCCCUGCAGCCCGCUCCUGGAUUGCGUCGCUGGCGUGCUGUUGGAGAGGCGCAGGGCGUUCGGCGGGGAGGACGAGGCGCAGCGCGCCCGCGCCCUGCUGCGCCUGCGGCAGCUGGCCGCGCUGUGCCGGGCGGAGUCGGAGGAGCUGGUGCCCGAGGCGUGCGCGGCGGACAUUUUCGGCGUCCUCCGCCCGGAGUUCCAGGGGCUCACCUCGGAGGACGAGGUGCGCGACCUCGUACACGCCAUCAGCAGCAACCGCUUCGGGGGGGGCCUGAACCAGCUGGACCUGAUGUUCACGGGCAGCAUGUUCGAGCACUCUUGCACGCCGAACUGCUUUGUGGGCAGCUGGCGCGGAGCUGGGCAGGGCACGCCAGCGCCGCAGGUGGUCUCCUUCCGCGCGCUGCGCGACGUGGCGGAGGGCGAGGCCCUCAGCAUCGACUACGUCCAGCUGCCAGACGCCUACCUCGCCGCCGCGGGGCGGGCGGCGGUGCUGGGGCCUUGGGGCUUCCAGUGCACCUGCCCCAGGUGCACGGAUCUUCCCGAGCUGACCCGCGCCUUCCUCUGCGCUGCUUGCGGCGCCCCUGAGCUGUGCCCAGUGAGCCCGAGGCCAGGGGCGGAGCUCCGCUGCAGGGCCUGCGGCGUGCCCGCCGAGGCGGCCUAUGCCGCGCGAUGCCUUGCCGCGGAGGCCAGGGCGGGCGGAGGCUUCGCUCAGGCGGAGCCCACGGCGGAGCCCGAGGCGGAGCCGGAUGACCGCUCCGAUGUGCGGCUGCUGGGCCGCCACCACCACGCGGUCUUCGAGGUGGUCUGGGCGCACGUCUCGCUGGGCCCCGUGGGCAACCCAGAGGGCACGAGCUCUUACAAGGGCGCGCUGGAGGCACUGAUCCAGAGCGUUUCAAGGCUCUAUGGCGACCCGUGCCACCCCCAGCUGCUGGAUCUCUACCAUGCCAUGGCUGAGCUCCACGAGGGCAACCUUGAAGGUCAGCGCCGCUGGCUGGACUUCGAGCGUGGUGUGAUCAAGCGGUGCUACCCAGAGGAGAUCGAAAAGCAAGAUCAGGAGAUUUUGGCGAUGGUGCAAGGCCGCCCGCCGUUCGCGCCUGAGGCGCCGGUGGUGCCGGCGGCCAGCGGACACGCGGAUGGGCCGCCUGGGGUGCAGCUCAGCGCGCUGGACUGAGAGCUUCGCGCGCGCGCGCGCCAGCAGAGCUCGGCGUGCUGGUGAUCUGCACAGCAGAGCCAGCGCAGCCACGAGUUGGAGGCCCAAGAAAACUCAACUGGGG